AUCACACCUCAGGCUGGCGUCAGGAGAGCAGGCGGAGGCUGUGGACCCGGCCAAGGGUGACCGAGCCUCAGGUCGCAGAGAGUGCAGAGGACUUGGGGUCAGCUUAGCCAGCAUCCAUGUUCGAGGAGGCCCGGUCUUUCUGGUGUGGCUCUAGAAGUUUCUGAGCAGCAGCUGUGCUGAACUGGGCAGGAGCCAGAGACUAGGUCUGGGGGUCCAGUUCCACUUGGGACUGAUGGUGAGCUCAGAGAGCAGCAGUCGGCCCAGCCAUGAGCAGCCAUGCAGCAGGGCCCGGCCAAGUGCUGGGCCUCGUGGCGGGGCUUCAGCCCCAGUGACCAUCUCAGAACUCAGUUACCCAGAUGGGGUGGCCAGAGCUGAUGGAAGGAAGGGCAGUCUGAGACUCGGCAGGCAGAUUGGAGGUUAAUGAAGAAGUUAAAAGCAGGGGCUCUAGUCCCAGACUGCCAGGGUUCACGCCCCUGUCCUCCACUUACUAACUUUGUAAUCUUGGGCAAGUUACUUAAUUCUCUGUGCCUCGGUUUGCUCAUCUGCAAAAUAGACAUGGUAAUACUAGGUACACACCUCCAGGUGUUUUGGAGGAUUAGUGAGUUAAUUCAUGGAACUUGCAUUGAGUGUGCCUGGCACACGGUGAGCUCUCAGUGUUUGCUGUUAUAAUCCUUGGCCAUUGGCAAUCAGCAUUACCUCCAGUCCCCACUGACUGGUGAAGUCAAGCCCACUGACAGACACCCACACCCUGCUCCAAACCCCGAACCCCACACCCCUCCUCUUUGUUAAGUGGAAGGCCUCAGGAAGCUCCCUUUAAGACAUGGGUUUUCUAGACAAGUUUUCUGCCAGAGAACUUUCCCUUCUGCCAGAAUCUCAGGGACUCUUCCAGGUCUCCCUUUCCAGAACCAACAUCUCUGUCUGCCCUUCUGUCUUCAGACUGCCCUCUUUCCCCUCCAGCUCUCCCUCCAUAACUGCGUCUCCUCUGGCCAGGUUUGCAGGCUGGGUCUGGGGGAGGCCCCUGGGGUUGACUGAGCAGAGCUGGCUGUGUGAUGGAGAUGGCUCUCUUCCAGUUGGGCACUGCCACCCUCUCGUGGUCCAAGCAGCACACGAACAGAACCAGGUGCUCAACACCAACAGCCGAUACCUGCACGACAACAUUGUGGAUUACGCACAGAGGCUUUCGGAGACCCUGCCGGAGAAGCUCUGCGUGUUUUAUUUCCUGAAUUCUGGGUCGGAAGCCAAUGACCUGGCUCUGAGGCUGGCCCGCCAGUACACGGGACACUGGGACGUGGUAGUGCUGGAUCAUGCUUAUCAUGGUCACCUGAGCUCCCUGAUCGACAUCAGUCCCUACAAGUUCCGGGGCCUGGAUGGCCAGAAGGAGUGGGUCCAUGUGGCACCUCUCCCAGACACCUACCGGGGCCCCUACCGGGAGGACCACCCCAAUCCAGCUGUGGCCUAUGCCAGUGAGGUGAAACGCGUGGUCAGCAGCGUCCAGGAAAAGGGCAGGAAGAUUGCAGCGUUCUUCGCGGAGUCUCUGCCCAGUGUAGGAGGGCAGAUCAUUCCCCCUGCUGGCUACUUCCCGGAAGUGGCAGAGCACGUCCGCAGGGCCGGAGGGGUCUUUGUCGCAGAUGAGAUUCAAGUGGGCUUUGGCCGAGUAGGCAAGCACUUCUGGGCCUUCCAGCUGCAGGGGGAAGACUUUGUCCCCGACAUUGUCACCAUGGGCAAAUCCAUUGGCAAUGGCCACCCUGUAGCCUGCGUGGCCACAACCCAAGCUGUGGCGAGGGCCUUUGAAGCCACCGGCGUCGAGUACUUCAACACGUUUGGGGGCAGCCCGGUGUCCUGCGCUGUGGGGCUGGCCGUCCUGGAUGUCUUGGAGAAAGAGCAGCUGCAGGCUCAUGCCGCCUGUGUGGGCAGCUUCCUGAUGGAGCUCCUUGGGCAGCAGAAAGCCAAACACCCCAUCAUCGGGGACAUCAGGGGCGUCGGGCUCUUCGUUGGUGUGGAUCUAAUCAAAGACAAGGCCACAAGGACACCAGCAACUGAAGAGGCUGACUACUUGGUGUCCAGGCUGAAGGAGAACUACAUUUUGCUGAGCACUGAUGGCCCUGGGAGGAACGUCCUCAAGUUUAAGCCCCCAAUGUGCUUCAGCUUGGACAAUGCACAACACGUGGUGGCAAAGCUGGAUGCCAUCCUAACAGACAUGGAAGAAAAGAUGAGAAGUUGUGAGACGCUGAGGCUCCAGCCUGAGGCAGCCCUGCUGAGUCCUCCUCUAGAAAAAAUGAAGCAUUCCACUCAAAUACACUACUGGGAUGAUGGUCAUGACCUCCAACUUACAGAAGAAGAAAGCCACUGAGGCUCAAGGCAGGGCUUGCUAGAGGCCAUCCUGCUAUCCCUCCCCCAGCCACACUGCUCUGUGGUUGGGUGGGCCAGAUGUCUGUGUCCCCUCAGGGCCCAAAGAGUCAAUUUCCUUUUUGCUCAAAAAUCUGCCCGCUGUGGGUGGGGGUAGGGUCAAGGACCUUUCACUGCUCCGGCUUAAAUAAAUCAUUAAGUGUAUUCUUUAGACAAAGUACCCUGACACAUACAACCCCUCCCCCAUUAAAUUCAGUUAAAAAAAAAAAGUUCAUCUUACCAAGGCGUCCCCGUACAAGCAUCUGCCUACAACAAACUGGCAAAUUACCCCCACCCAGUGAUGCAAUCUGUUGUUUUCUAUCCUAUCAAAUUAAAAAUGCUGAAUACAACUAAAUACACUUAUUUCAAAACCUA